AGGGCUAAUGUUCGGCCCGUCAUAAGACUCCUCUCUUUGUCACGGGGUGGACUUCACCAUGUGUAUAAAGAGAAAAGCAUACAGUGGUGGACAUAGUAAUGACCAGGGCUGAUAAUGAGGGGAAAUAAACAAGAAUAAUUAAGAAUAAUACUCGCCAACAACAAGCCCAUACACCACCAUCUGAGGAUACAUCACAAGAAUGGCCCUUCUCGCCUCCUCCACCUGUCCACCAUCUACUACCAACCCCACAUCCCAGAAAAGAUCGAUCUGAUGGUACACCCAGAACCGACACCCUUGUCCCGCAUCAUUAAAUUCAUAAAGAUGCCGUUUCUCCUUCACGAGCAAAUCGACAAAAUCGCUGACCUUCAAACCUCCCCGGACAUCAAAGUUGUGCGACUUUAGUUGCUGUGCCUAAGCGGAGACCAUCCACGCGACUGACAAUGAGGAUUCUUUUAGAGCCGCCACGAUUAACCGUAGCAGGGAUGGUAUAGGAGGGUGUCAUGUCUAAGCGGAUGUAGCUGUUUCGCUGGUGGAGAGGUAGAUGCUCCAGUGGUUCCCUCCUUGGGGGAGGGGCUCGUGAGCGACAGCGGAGAGGGUUAAGAUGGGCAGGUUGAGGAUUGCCUUCUUUACUUUAGAGGGGAUGUAUUGGAUAGGGUUGAAUGGAUGCUGUUGGGUGUUCAUGUUGCUGUAUUGUGGUUUCUGGAGUAGGUUCUUUUUUUUUCGUUUUUUGGUGUUGAGCAGUAGAGUGGUAAUAUCGUACACUACAGUUAUGUGUGAAUCCCGGCGAAGGGUUCAUCGGAUCCGAAUAGUCAGGUGAAGAUAAUCUGGGCGUCUGUGAGGGAAGACUGGAAAACGACCUGUGGUACGGAGUAGAUCACAAGGCUGUCAUCUGCUCUUGCCGUCGCGUAAUAUUGAUUAGUC